AUGGAGAACAAAAACAGCUUCGUUACGGACUUUUUGAUGGGCGGCGUUGCCGCCGCGGUCUCAAAGACCGCCGUCGCGCCCAUCGAGCGUGUGAAGAUGCUUAUCCAGACGCAGGACACCAUCCCCGAAAUCAAGAGCGGCAAGAUGCCACGUUACACCGGUAUCCUGAACUGCUUCGGCAGGGUGUGCGCGGAGCAGGGUGUGGGCUCGUUAUGGAGGGGCAACGCUGCCAACGUGAUUCGCUACUUCCCCACUCAGGCCUUCAACUUCGCCUUCAAGGACUACUUCAAGACCUUGUUCCCGCGUUACGACCAGAAGACCGAGUUCUGGAAGUUCUUCGCCGCAAACAUGGCCUCUGGCGCCAUGGCCGGAGCGAACUCGCUACUGAUCGUCUACCCGCUCGACUUUGCCCGUACUCGUCUUGCGAGUGACGUGCGCAAGGAGGGCCAACGCGAGUUCACUGGCCUAGUUGACUGCCUGAUGAAGAUUCAGCGUUCCACUGGUUUCUUCUCUCUCUACAAGGGUUUCAACAUUUCGGUUACCGGUAUCAUUGUGUACCGUGGUACCUACUUCGGAAUGUACGAUUCCGCCAAGGCUGUGAUGUUCGGAGAUGACAAGAACGUUAACAUCUUCUACAAGUGGGCGGUUGCUCAGUUCGUGACGAUCCACGCUGGUCUCGCGUCCUACCCGUUCGACACCGUUCGUCGUCGCAUGAUGAUGAUGUCCGGCAAGAAAUCGAGUGCCGACAUCAUGUACACCAGCUCACUGGACUGCUUCCGCAAGAUUCUGCGCAACGAAGGCGUCAACGGAUUUUUCAAGGGCGCUUUCGCGAACGUCCUUCGUGGCUUCGGUGGUGCCCUGGUGUUGGUCUUCUACGACGAAUUCCAGAAGCUGAUGAAGUGA